CCCUCAAGUUCAGUAUCGAUUUAAAUAUGCGCACUGCACUGCAUCUCCAUCACCCGGACUUUGGAAAAUCGAUGGCAAACCACCCCAGCCCUCGCAAACAUAUUUACUGCAUCGUAGAAAAAACAAGAAAAUCCGGUUAAAAAGUAAAUUAAAUGAAAGUGCAAGAGCUACCGGCAGAAAAUGGCAGUAGCGGUGCAGGUACCGUUCCUCUGGAACAAGAAAUGGCCGGUGCCCAAGACACAAUUUACUUGUGCAAUUUUCGCGUGUCCGUCGACGGAGAAUGGCUGUGUUUGAAGGAGCUGCAAGACGUCGAAUUCAACAUGCAAGAAUCUAUUAAUAAUAAAAUUAUGUCGCCUCCCAGUCCUGAACCAAUGCCGCUAUUUGGUCGAGAUCCAGUAGUAAUCGAACGCAGUAAUCUGGUCAAUAUCAGUAAACUAGUAGUAAAAGAACUAAUAGAACAAUCACUGAAGUAUGGCCGAAUGCUCGACUCUGACCACAUGCCUUUGCAGCAUUUUUUCAUUGUGCUAGAACACGUAUUACGUCAUGGUCUCAAGCCCAAAAAGGGUCUUCUUGGACCAAAAAAAGAACUAUGGGACAUAUUGCAGACCGUAGAAAAGUACACCCCAGAAGCUCAAGAUAUUACAGCAAGUGUCAGAGAUUUACCUACAGUUAGAACGCACAUGGGCCGAGCUAGGGCUUGGCUGCGAUUGGCCCUAAUGCAAAAAAAACUUGCAGAUUACCUAAAAGUGCUUGUUGACCACAAAGACGAGGCGCUAGUUGAAUAUUUUGAACCUGACGCCUUGAUGCUUAGCGACGAGGCUAUCAUUAUAAUUGGAUUAUUGGUUGGAUUAAACGUUAUUGAUUGCAACUUGUGUGUUAAAGAAGAAGAUUUAGAUUGUCCUCAAGGAGUGAUAGAUUUUUCGCUUUAUUUGAGAUCGCCAAAUCACAUUUUGAAUGAUUCAAGUAACGAUGAUCAAGAAGACGAUAAUAUGGUAACAGUUUUGGAUCAGAAGAAUUACAUUGAGGAGCUCAAUAGGCAUUUAAACGCAACAGUUGCAAAUUUACAAUCCAAAGUCGAAACUCUGACAACAACCAAUGCCCUAAUGAAAGAAGACCUGGCCAUAGCUAAAAAUAAUCUUUUGACUUUGUAUGAUGAAAAUCGGCAGUUAAAAGAGGAGUGCGGCAAGGAUCCAGCUUCAGGCUAUCAAAUGAGCGCCAGUGGGAUAAAUGUAAUCAAUUCAAACAGUGAUAAAACAUUUUCAACUGGUGAAACUGAAGAAUUAAGACAGAGAUUGGAUGAAGAAAGGAAACUAAGACAGGAAGCUGAUCAUGAAUUGGAAAUACAGAUGUGUCUCAAAGCUGAAAUGGAAGUGGCCAUGAAACUAUUAGAGAAAGACAUCCACGAAAAACAAGACACCAUCAUUUCGUUGCGCAGACAAUUGGACGAUAUCAAACUGAUCAAUUUGGAAAUGUACAGAAAGUUGCAGGACAGUGAGGCGUCUUUAAAUCAUAAAACCGAGUUAGUAAACAGGCUAGAGGCCAAGGCACAAACUAUGACAGAUACUGUACAGUCUCUUGAGGCUAACCUGAAAGAAUCUGAAGUAAAACGAUUGUCCAGUGAGCAAGUGAAACGCGAACUGCAUCAGCAAGCUGCCCAAGUCGAAGAGCAGGCAAACAGCGUUGAAGAAGACUUGAAAGUGGAACGAGAAUGGCGAAUAUCGUUGCAGGAGACCAUGUUGCAAGACAGAGAGAAAAUCUCAAAGUUGCAACAUGAAAAUGCACAACUUAAAAUCAUUGCAGAUAAAUAUGCUACUCUACAAGAAGAAUACUACACAUUGAAAGACAAUUGUCUGGAACAAGAACACACCCUGGAAGAGUUAGGAGGCAAAUUGCGAGACACCAAACUGCAAGUAUCUGAACUCAAAGAAGAAGCGACCAGAAUUAAAGCCGAGGGCGGCCAAUGGGCAAACGAUAGUACAGCCACCCAUUGUAAAUCCUGCAAAAAGGAGUUUAGUUUGACACGAAGACGGCAUCACUGUCGCAAUUGCGGAGAAAUAUUCUGUAACACUUGCUCAGAUAAUUCAACGUCGUUACCUUCUUCGGCUAAACCCGUACGAGUUUGUGACGAGUGUAACGUCACUUUAGCCACAAGAUAUGGAGGAUUGUGAUAAAAUUGAAGUUGAUAUUGUCUUGUGAUUGAAAUGUCCAUCCGCAUUGAUGCCUACACAAUUUUAUAUUUAAAUGAAAAUUAUUAUUGGGCUGUUAUAUUUUAUACAAAUUGUAAUUUAUUGUAGAAUUGUUGUGUUUCUAGUUUUAAGGUGGAAACUAUUUUAUCUAUAUUUUAAAUAAAUGAAAUGCAAAUUAU